CUGGAAGAGACCGUCUGCCGAGCCCACGUGUUCCGUGCAGCAUGGCGGAGAUGAAGAGCCCCUCGAAAGCCGAGCCUGCGCCUGCCGCAGAAUCUCCCCAAGGCGACCGCCGCGGUCUGCUGGAGCACAGCCGCGAGUUCUUGGACUUCUUCUGGGACAUCGCGAAGCCGGAGCAGGAAACGCGGCUCCAGGCCACGGAGAAACUGCUGGAGUACUUGCGCACAAGGCCGAGUGGCUCAGAGAUGAAAUACGCCCUGAAGCGCCUGAUCACUGGGCUUGGGGUGGGCCGAGAAGCCGCUCGGCCGUGCUACAGUCUCGCGCUGGCACAGCUGUUACAGUCUUUCGAGGACAUCCCCUUGUGCAGCAUCCUGAGUCAGAUACAAGAGAAACACAAUCUGCAGAGCGUGAACAAGGCAAUGAUGAGACCCACUCUCUUUGCAAACCUGUUUGGAGUGCUAGCCCUCUUUCAGUCAGGCCGCCUGGUGAAGGACCAAGAGGCCCUGAUGAAAUCAGUGAGAUUGCUGAAGAUCCUGUCCCAUCACCACAACCAUUUGCAGGGCCAGCCAAUGAAGGCCCUGGUGGACAUCCUAUCUGAGGUCCCAGAGUCCAUCUUCCAGGAGAUCCUGCCGAAGGUCCUCAAGGAUGACUUGAAAGUGAUCCUCAGCUCCCCUAAGCACUUGGAGCUCUUCCUUUUGGCUCAGCAGAGGGUACCAACAAAGCUCGAGUCGCUGAUGGGCACUGUUGACCUGUUCUCAGAAGCAAAUAUUCCCAGUCUGGUGAACAUACUGAAGGUGGCGGCCAACUCUGUGCGCAAGGAGCACAAGCUACCCGACGUGGCUCUGGACCUGCUCCGCCUGGCACUUAAGGAAAACAAGUUCACAGUGUUCUGGAAGGAGGUUUUGGAGGAGGGGCUGCUGAAGAAGCCCUGCUGGACAUCCAGCUACAUGUGUUUCCGCCUGCUGGGUGCAUCCCUGCCCCUGCUGUCAGAAGAGCAGCUGCAGCUGGUAAUGCGGGGAGACUUGAUCCGCCAUUUUGGGGAGCACAUGGUGAUUUCUAAGCCCCAAAACCUGUUCAAGUUCAUCCCAGAGAUAAGUACAUAUGUGGGUACCUUCCUCGAAGGCUGCCAGGAUGACCCUAAGCGGCAGUUUGCUAUGAUGGUAGCCUUUACGUCCAUCACCAACCAGGGUCUCCCCGUUAUGCCUACCUUCUGGCGUGUCACGCGGUUUUUGAAUACUGAAGCCCUGCAGAGCUAUGUGUCCUGGUUGCGGGACAUGUUCCUCCAGCCUGACCUGGAUGCCUUGGUUGACUUCAGCACUGUCAACCAGAAGAGAGCUCAGGACGCCUCGAUCAAUGUGCCUGAGCGAUCUGUGUUCCGGCUCCGGAAGUGGAUCAUCCAUCGUCUAGUCAGCCUUGUGGACCAUCUGCACCUGGAGAAGGAUGAUGCUGUUGUUGAGCAAGUAGCCAGGUUUUGCUUGUUCCACGCCUUCUUCAAGACAAAGAAGGCCACUCCCCAGAUCCCAGAGACAAAGCAGCGCUUCUCCUUUCCUUUGGACAACCGGAACCGGGGGUUCAUCAUUGGUGCCUUCUUCAGCCUGCUACAGACCCUCAGUGUGAAAUUCAGGCAGAUGCCAGACCUGGCUGAAAGUGGGAAGCCCUGGACGCACCGCCUGGUGCAGUUGGCAGACAUGCUCUUGAACCACAGCCGAAACGUAACCAUCGUGACACCCUUCACAACACAGCAGCGCCAGGCCUGGGACCAGAUGAUGAGUACUCUGAAGGAACUAGAAGCCCGCUCCUCAGAGCCUAAGGCCAGUGCCUUCCAGCACCUGCUGCUUCUAGUGGGCCUCCACCUCUUCAAGUCUCCUGAAGAGGCCUGUGAUGUCCUAGGUGACAUCCAGACUUGCAUCAAGAAAAGCAUGGAGCAGAAUCCCCGCCGAUCACGCUCUAGGGCCAAAGCCUCCCAGGAGCCAGUGUGGGUGGAGGUGAUGGUGGAGAUCUUGCUGUCCUUGCUGGCUCAACCCAGCAACUUGAUGCGCCAGGUGGUCCGGAACGUAUUUGGCCAUAUCUGUUCCCACCUUACUCCACGUGGUCUGCAGCUAAUCCUGGCUGUCCUCAACCCUGAGAAAAAUGAGGAUGAGGAUGACAACCUGGUGGUCACUGAUGAUACCGAUGAGAAGCAGCUGAAGCAUGGAGAGGAAGAAGACUCAGAUAGUGAGGACAAUAAGAGCUCAGCGAGUGAUGCGGAGAGCGUGGAGAGCGAGGAUGGGGAAGAGAGUGAAGAAGAGGACCGUGAUAAGGAUGUGGACCCAGGCUUCCGUCAGCAGCUAAUGGAAGUGUUGCAAGCUGGGAAUGCACUGGGUGGAGUGGACGAUGAGGACAAUGAGGAGGAGCUUGGGGAUGAGGCCAUGAUGGCCCUUGACCAGAGCCUGGCCAGCCUCUUUGCAGAGCAGAAGCUGCGCAUCCAGGCCCGGCAAGAGGAGAAGAACAAGGUGCAGAAGGAGAAGAAGCUCCGGCGGGACUUCCAGAUCCGGGCACUAGACCUGAUCGAGGUGCUGGUGACCAAGCAGCCUGAGCACCCCCUGAUCCUUGAGCUACUUGAGCCACUGCUGAACAUGAUCCAGCACAGCAUGCGCAGCAAAGGCUCCACCAAGCAGGAGCAGGACCUCCUGCACAAGACUGCCCGCAUCUUCAUGCACCAUCUGUGCCGUGCUCGCCACUACUGCCACGAGGUGCAGCCCUGUGCAGAGGCUCUGCAUGCCCAGGUGGAACGGCUUGUGCAGCAGGCCGGAAGCCAGGCUGAUGCCUCAGUCGCCCUUUACUACUUCAAUGCCUCUCUGUACCUGCUGCGAGUCCUCAAGGGCAACACCACUAAGAGGCACCAAGAUGAUCAGAAACUACAGGGCACUGACACCAAGCCUGAACCCACGGACUCGAAGGACCACACUGCCAACUGCUUGGACUUGGACUUUGUGACCCGGGUGUACUCAGCAGCACUGAAAUCUCUUCUGAGCAAGCGUAACAGCCCACUCACUGUCCCCAUGUUCCUCAGCCUCUUCUCCCGAUACCCAGUGAUCUGUAAGAACCUGCUUCCUAUCCUGGUACAGCAUGUGGCUGGUCCAUCACGGCCCCGCCAUCAGGCCCAGGCCUGCCUGCUGCUCCAGAAGACCCUGUCUGCACGGGAGCUGAGAGUAUGUUUUGAGGAUCCUGAGUGGGAGCAGCUGAUUGGCCAAGUCUUGGGAAUGGUCACCCAGAGCCUGCAGACACUUGGGGAGGCCCAAAGCAAAGGGGAGCACCAGAGGGAGCUGUCCACCUUGGAGCUGCUGAACACGCUCUUCAAGACAAUCAAUCACGAGAAGCUGUCUGUGGACCUCACUACUCUGUUGGCCUUGCUGCAGAGCAAGCAGCAGAGGCUGCAGCAAAACCUACAACAGGGGAAUCACUCCUCUGGCUCCAACCGCCUCUACGACCUCUACUGGCAGUCCAUGAGGAUGCUAGGAGUACAGCGUCCCAAGUCAGAAAAGAAGAAUGCCAAGGAUAUUCCUAUUGAUACCCAGAGUCCCAUUAGCAUGAAGCGAAAGAAAAAGGGAUUCUUGCCGGAGACCAAGAAGCGAAAGAAGCUGAAAUCUGAAGGCACCACACCAGGAAAGGAUGCUGCCCCGGGGCAGGGUGCAGUACCAGGGGAUGCCGCGCCAGCUGCCACUGGUCAAGACCAGACCCCCAGCACAGGCAAGAAGAAGAGGAAGAGGAUGAGGAUGAGGGCCAACACCCCAUCCCAGGUGAAUGGGACACCUGGGGCCAAGUGUCCAACUCCCAACAACCCCACCGUAAGCCCCAACACCCCUGCCAAGACCCCAAAACUUCAGAAGAAAAAAGGGAAGCUGUCACAGGUGAAUGGAGCCACUCCUGCGUCCCCCAUAGAGCCUGAAGGCAAAAGGCACCAUCAGAAGGCUCUGCCCACAAAGGUCGUAAGAAAGUCCCCCCAGUCUGCCCUACCACAAAAAAGGGCCAGGCUGUCUUUGGUCAGCAGGAGCCCCAGCCUGUUACAGAGUGGGGUCAAGAAAAGGAGAGUGGCCAGGAGGAAAGUUCAGACACCUUGAGUGUGGUGUGUGGUCUGUUUUCCCCCUGCCUUCACCAGCCCCAGAGACUCCUAUUUUUUCACCAAUAUUUUAAUAAAGAAGCCAUGAUGGAUG